AUCUUUAGACCGUCGGAUUGGCGUCGCCUUGUGGAAAGUGUGCGUGCUGGUCUUGUGGGAAGGAGAAACGUGUUGUGUGAUCGCGUGGAGGAUUUUAGGGCAUUAUAGGGCGAAGAGAUCGCGCGCGUGUCUAGCAGCUAGGCAGGGGAUUUCGGGCGAGCGAGCGAUCGAUCGAAGCUGCGAUCAUGGCGCUGGACUUCAAGGCUCUGACGGAGGCGACGUCGGGAGCUGUGGGCGGGCUUCUCAGCACAACGAUCUUGUAUCCACUCGACACUUGCAAGACGAAGUAUCAAGCCGAGGUCCGGGAGGGAGAUUCUCGCAAAUACGGGUCUUUACUCGAUGUUAUGCGCGAGGCUAUUGCAUCGAAUCGGAUACUGUCUCUGUAUCAGGGCCUGGGUACAAAGAAUCUCCAGUCAGUGAUUUCGCAAUUCAUUUAUUUUUAUGCCUACAGCUACUUCAAGCAGCUCUACUUGAGACGUAGCAAAGCAAAGUAUCUCGGCACUACGGCCAAUCUUCUGGUCGCAGCAGCUGCUGGCACUUGUACUGCGAUCGCCAUACAGCCACUAGACUCGGCGUCAGCCAAAAUGCAAACAAGCACUUUCGGCAAGUCGAAGAGUUUGUGGAAGACUUUGACUGGUGGCAAUUGGAAGGAUGCCUUCGAUGGAUUAAGUGCUUCGCUCGUACUUGUCUCAAAUCCUGCCAUACAGUAUACGGUGUUUGAGCAGCUGAAAGGACUACUGGUGAAGCGGCACAGAAAGUCCCGAGCAGAGAAUUCGGAUUCGUCUCCGCUUGUUAUCUCAGCUUUCUCUGCGUUCCUACUCGGUGCGUUGUCAAAAACAGCGGCAACGAUUAUCACGUAUCCUGCGAUAAGGUGUAAGAUCAUGGUUCAGGCAGCUGAAAACGACACGGACGCAGUCAAAGCUCUUCUAAACGGUGGUGAGGCUCCAGAAAAGCCUCCCCGUGGAAUGGCACAGGCGUGCCGUCUCAUCUGGAAACGCGAAGGAGCUUUGGGCUUCUACAAAGGAUUGCAUGCGCAGAUAAUGAAGACCGUUCUCGCGGCAGCACUGAUGCUGAUGAUCAAGGAGAAGGUUUCGUAUGGAACUUGGGCGGCGAUGAUGCUGCUUCAAAACAGAUGGGCUGUACAGAAGCAAAAGAUAAAGACUCUGGCUACAACGUCCUAGUGGCUCGAAUAACGGGGAGGCGGCUGCAACAGUCGAGACAGCAAAGCACAGGGAAAAAUGGAAAGCGAACUUGAAUCGUUUUGUAUUCAUAAGGAAAGCGAGGUCCCUCUCUCAGGAUCAUCUACCAAUGAAGCAAAGAAAAGAGACAUGCCGAGCAGAUGGAAGAAACGGGAUCUCGAUCAAUUGGGGCCUCUUCCUGGUGGUGGUGGUGGUGGUGGUGGGCUUCUCCUCGCUCUCCUCGUCGGCCCCGCUGCUAGAGUACUGAUCUGAGCAACACCAUUUGGAAGCUGGAAACAUCAGUGUCGAGGCAAGUUCUUUAAAACUUUUGAGAACUUACGCUUGCUUGAUCAGAAGAAGGCAGAGUCUCCGGCGCGCCUUGAUUUACAGGGACAGGCUCCUGAUUUUCUGAAACGCCUUCCACGACCGAAACCACGACGCUGUCGUCGGAUUUAUCCACUGGUAACUCGGAGGAGUCCUUGGAAGCAGCGCAUUUCCUGUGAUCCGACUCACUCAUCUUAUCGUCGUAUCGCUCGACCGCGUUCACGAGCAUACACGCCGGCGGAUUCUUUAGCUUGGACGAGCUCCUGGCGACGAGACCUCUGUUGAGGCGAGCUCCCCACGAUUCCAGAAACCAGGCCGAGGAGAUCCUGAUAAACUUUCGGAGCUCACACAUAUUGAAGAUACAAAGGAGUGGACUUUCUCGAACGCGGAGGUGAGAGCUCGUGACAAUGGACUCGCCAAGUCGCGAAAUUUUGCGAGAGACUCGGCCGAAGAUAGCGGGAAGUUUAUGGUUGAAAUUAAAAGGCUGUGCCCGUCUGGGUCUCUGAUGAUGUGAGAGUCCACUCGCAAAGAGUCUACCUACAAGUAUCUUUUUUUACGUAGAUGUCACUAAGCAAGGUCUUUUAUUCCAAGUCAAGACUGUUUAGAAGAGGAUCAUUGUGGAAA